GUGUAUGGAGGUUGUAACGAAAUCUGUGAGAGGUAAUUACCAUACAGUACAAAGGAGUCUCUUGAUUCAAAUCACUGCGCAAUAAUUCAGGCUACGCCAAAACUGAACAUCAACGCUACCGAGACGACCAACCUGCCAAGGUUUAACGAACUCAAGCAAGAACAAUGUAUCUGAAAACCUGCCUGCUCAUUCUGCUCUGUCUUGGUCUCAUACAGGCGAGAGUAUACAGGAAGAUUCCAAAAUUGUUUCGCAAGGGCCCGGCAGAGGAAUUACAAGUGAGAGAGGUUUUGAAGUGUUACUCCUGCCAUGGAAGUAACGCAGACACCUGCGACAAAAAGGAAAAAGUGUGCAAACAAGAUGAUGUCUGCAUGAAAGUAUACAUGACAGGCUACGCGUAUAUACUUCAGUGCGCAAGCCAGAUGUAUUAUGAGCAAGCAGUAGAGGAAUGUUCGGAUGGUACCUGUGACGUGACGAUGUGUAAGACGUCUUUGUGUAAUGCAUAAAGAGAGACACCACGAUAAGUCACCAUGAUUAAGGUGGAAAAAUAGAUCUUUGGUUUCUCAUCUUCUGGGCUCAUUUCUGAGGAUUUCUCUCCACGCACCAUUUACAUGUUACAUUUAACACGAACGUUUUGCAUGAAAAUAUUAGGCACAUUUGUAAACAGUAAAUCAAAUGUUUUUCAAGUCAAUAAAGCACCAAGAAAUGUU